AGAAGAGAGACUGCACAAAAAGGGCACUACCUCAAGGAAAAAAAAACAAAAAGCUAGGGAACAAAUGACAGAUAUAGGGAUCACUCAAAUGAGUUAGAACCAACCAUAAAUAAGGCAUAGAUUAAGCAUAAUUAUAUUACCUAGUGGUAUAAAGGUGCAAAUGAGGAGCACCACUGCCCAACGUUUCGCCACCAGUAGGCUUCUUCCGAGGCAGCCAUCCCGAUCACCGCCCGAUGCGCGGCGACGAACGGAAACGCCAAGGACGUACAGGUACGCCCUUGGUGCUUAAGUCCCAGGACGCAAACGCUUACCUGUACGCCCUUGGGCAGUUGUUUGACUGACUUUUUCAGUAUUUCAUACUGAAAAUGUUCUAAUGAAAGCAAUGGCUAAACCUAUUGGUUAUACAUGCUUUACAACAUAUCAAAAGUUUUUGUAUCUGUCAGUGCCCAUUUAAGGGGUCAAUCAGGAGCAUCAUUUUCCAUACAAAUAUGUAUGUUCUCAUUCACUGACAGCAAGCAGAGAUCUUAAAACGGAUAAACAUUUUAUAAAUACUGCUACCUCUGCACCCCUCUAUAAUUACGCCCUGGUACAAAGAGCUACAACCUGUAAAAGUCACCUCCGCACAUGACUGUGCCUACUAUCCCACAACCGCCUUCUCUGGCAGGGCUGGGCGAUGUUCCAGAACACCGGGCUCCAUACACCUGAGGGUCAGGUGCCGCGCAUGCGCUUCAUGGCUCUGCUGUGCAAUAUGUUGUGUAUGCAGGUACGCAGUUUUUGUUCUGCCGGCGGCGCUCGGUGUUGUGCCUGUACCGUUCACCGGACUGUUCACCAGUAGGUGGACACCGGGACAGCCCCGGUUAUCGCCUCGCACUGUCCAGCAGUCUAGGGAGGCGUGGCUGUGUUAGCGUCACGUGGGGCGGGGUCUGGAGAGGCCGCCUGCUGCGCGCUCCUGGGGUGACAGGUCGUGAGUGUGUGGGAACGCGGAGAGGACGGCGCCGCCCCGGGACAGGGUGACCGGACCCUGGAGAUACCACAGGCUCACCGGGCAACGACGUGCACAGUAGGUGGAUCAGCAGCUGAGUGUCUUUCUUACUCUUCACAACAUAAUGAUAACAGAACUUCCUGAUGUGUGUGCCAAGAUCGUCAUUGCUGGAUAAUGGAUGUGAGAUCACCUAGUAGUAAAGCUAAUGAAGGACUUUUGCACUGUAAGAAAUAACAUUAAUACCACUUUGAAGGUGUUCAAAUUACCAGCACUUCGUAUAUCAUCCUUCAAGUCCCUUACUUAGGGAACUAGUGUGUUGUCACUAAAAGAAGUGCAGCCUUACUAAGCAUGUCCAAGUCCUGUUAAGCUGGUUUUGUGCUGGUCUGAUUAGCAGGGAACUCGCCUCUGUGCUCAUUUUGUUUGUUUGGUGGGAGUGCAUCACCGGCAACCUAAAUGUAAACUACUAAGGAUGAAACACUACACAAUGCAGAUGGACUGGUUUUGAACUAUAUUUGUGAAAGUGUGAAGUGAAGGUCACAGAAUGGCAUCCAAGGAGAGACUAUGCGAGCUUUGGAUGCUAUAUUGCAGCAAGAAAGACCCAGACUAUCUGCGACUUUGGUUGGACAGUUUUGUUUCUAGUUAUGAACAAUUCCUUGAUAUUGACUUUGAUGAGUUACCAACUAGAAUUGAUGAUGAACCCCCUGGAUUAUCCAUGCUUGCGGACCACAUAUUACAAGUUCUUAGGCUCCAGCUGCUGUACUGUGUGCAGAAAACAGCUGAUGGCCUGGAGGAGGAACAGCAGGCACUGUCACUUCUGCUUGUGAAAUUCUUUAUUAUAAUUUGCAGAAACCUGUCCAAUGUAGAGGAGAUUGGAGGCUGCUCAUACAUUAACCAUGUGAUUACAAUGACAACGCUGUAUGUUCAGCAGCUUAAAAGUAAAACCAAGGAGAAAGAAGUCACAGACCAAGCCCCUAUAGAAGAAUUUGUAAGACAUGCCUUGGUGUUUUGUGAAAGCCUCUAUGACCCAUAUCGGAACUGGCGGAAUGUUGUGUCAGGACGAACCAUCAGUCCUGUGGAAAAGAGCAGACAAAAAUACAAAGCUGCUCCUCUAACAGUAGAAUUCAUUCCCUUUUUUUACCAAUGUUUCCAAGAAAGUGAACAUCUCAAAGAAAGUUUAAAAUGUUGCUUAUUGCAUCUUUUUGGAGCGGUUUUGUCUGGUGGGCAAAGAAAUGCACUUCUGCUGAUUUCUCCUGCCACCAUGGAAGUCCUCAUGCGUGUCUUAGCAGACUGUGACACAUGGGAUGAGCGUGACCCGGAUGAAGUUAGUCGUAAAGCAGAACUGACCCUGAACUGUCUGACAGAAGUUGUGCACAUCCUGUUGGUCAGUAGUUCUGACCAACGACAAGUGGAAAUCAGCACUAUUUUAGAGAAUUACUUCAAGCUACUUAACUCUGACCACUCUGCAUUGCCGGGAUUGAGAAGAACCAGGCAGUGGGAGAGCAGGUUCAUCACACUGCAGAUAAAAAUGCUAAAUUGUAUGACUUCCAUGUUAAACUGCAAAGACAGGCCGGUGCUGCAGACAAUUUUCUUAAACAGUAACUGCUUUGAACACCUCAUCAGGCUGCUUCAGAACUGCAGGCUCUUAUUAAGCGCUAACAGUAGAGGGGCAGACAAGAGUGAAAAAGACCUUGCCAACAAAUUACUGACAGAAAUGAAUGAAAAUCAGGUUUUUCAAGAGCAGUUAGACUCUUUGGUUGUCACUACAAUUAAAGCACUUACAGCUGUGAAACAUAAAUCUCCUGGAGCAAAGGAAGUAUUUAAGGAAAGAAUUGGCUAUACUCAUUUGCUUGAGGUGUUAAAAUCUCUAGGUCAACCAUCACGAUUGUUACUUGAAGAACUUCUUAACAUGGCUGUAGAGGGAGAGCAUGCUGCAGUUGGGAUUUAUGGCAUAAGCAAUGUCCAGCCCUUGUUACUGCUUGUACAGUGGCUGCCAGAAAUAGUGUCCAAUGAUCUGCAAAUCUUCAUCUCUGACUGGCUGAAGCGAAUCUGCUGCAUAAACAAACAAAGCCGUACAAUGUGUGUCAAUGCUAGCAUGGUCAUCCGAAUAAUAGAUACUUUAAAUUCUCAUUAUUCUUUGCAUCGAGUCUGUGCAGAAAACUUGAUCAGUCUGUUAGGCUCACUAGGCAGCCUAUCAAUGGGCUCUGAAGAGCUGUUUCAUCUUAUUGGACUGCUGCGGAUGGAUGAACUUAAGAAGAGUCAUCCAUAUGUUGUACCCGUGACCCGAGCUAUGCUUACUAUUGCCCGUAAGCAGGGGUUGGAGAGUUCCUUGCAAUACUUUAACCUGUCUCACAGCUCGUCAGGAAUUGCUUUGCCUGUGAUUCAGAAAUGGCCUGGCUCUGCAUUCACAUUUUAUGCCUGGUUUUGUCUCGACCAAGAUCAAUCUUCCUUUGAAUUUUCAAGUAGUGGUUCAAAAAGAAAACAGUUAUAUAGCUUUUUUACAAACAAUGGCACCGGAUUUGAAGCCUUUAUCUCCUCCUCUGGUUUCCUGGUCGUGGCAGUUUGCACCAAGAAAGAAUACACUACUGUUAAGUUGCCAGAUCAUUGUUUCUGUGAUUCCUUGUGGCACAGUAUAGCAGUUGUUCAUGUACCUGCAAAAAGGUCCUUAGGAUUUUUUGGACAAAGCCAUGUAUACAUUUACGUUAAUGGACUGCAGAAACUUUCUUCACCUUUAAAGUUCCCCACUAUGAGUGAACCUUUUACUUCUUGUUGCAUUGGAUCUGCUGGGCAAAAGACCAAUACUCCGCCUCCAUCGCAGAUAGCAGAUCCACCAGUCUCCCCUCCAAGUAAUACCAGUAGGUCAUCACUGAGCAGCAUUCUGUCUUCACCAUCAAGAAGUGGGUUACAAGGAAAGACAGAUUCUGUCAAACUAAUUUCAGCUGGGACUCAGGAUAGUGAAUGGGGGACUCCAACAUCACUUGAAGGACAACUUGGAUCUGUACUCAUCUUCCAUGAUGCAUUGCAAGCAAAUCAGAUUAAGGCCUUGUACUUGGCAGGUCCUAACAGCUUAAACCCCUGGAAAUCACAGGACACUGAACUAACAGACUUACCCAGCAAACUACUUGUUUAUUAUACACCAAAGGCUUGUGGGAAUUACAUCUGCCUUGAUUUAUCAUACAACCUAUUUCAUGGACGAUUGACUGGGAACAAAGUUGUUAACUGGGACAUUAAGGACAUGAUUAACUGCAUCGGUGGGCUAAAUACAUUAUUUCCAAUCCUGGAGCAGAUCAGUUGUUUAAAUGAGUUUGUUUAUGACAAAUCUGAAAGUAGUAACCUUUCUUCAGAGCUGUUGACACCUACAGAGGGAGAUUUUGUAGUUUUGUCUUCCACAAAAGCUUCAGAAGCCCGUCUUGAAAAAAAUAUCAUAGCUACUUUUAUUUUGCUGAUAAAGCACUUUAUUCAGAGACAUCCAAUCAAUCAGGAAAAUCUAAUGCAUUCACAUGGAGUUACAACAUUAGGGGCUCUACUGCAGAAGGUUCCAGGCCAUUUUAUGGAUGUGAAUGUUCUGAUGGCAGUUCAGCUACUGAUAGAGCAGGUGUCUAUGGAGAAGAACACUGCACUUUUGCAGCAGAUGUACCAAUUUCUGUUGUUUGAUUUUCACCUCUGGAAUCGUGGAGAUUUUCCCUUUCGAAUAGGACACAUACAGUACUUGUCAACCAUCAUCAAGGAUAGCAGGAAACUUUUCCGUAAAAAGUAUGGUGUUCAGUUUUUGUUGGAUACAAUCCGAAUACAUUACAGUAAAGAGAACUCCUUGUCUUCUGAGGAUUUGACUACAAUAAGAAUGUCUCUAUUCGGACUUGUUAAAUACUUCCUCAGCAAAGGUGGUACACAGGAAGAGAUUCAGAGUGUCAUCGGAUACAUUGCAGUGACCAGUGAUGAAGAACAGCUAUGUGGAAUGUUGGAAGUCAUACACAACCUCCUAAAUACCAUUCCCACUCCAGACCAGCUUUUCUUGCUUCUUUUUGAGCCAGGCAGUGCUGAUAUUCUUUAUGCAUUGCUGCUGAAUCAGAGGUAUUCUGACCGACUUAAAGAGCUGGUGUUUAAGAUAUUAGAACAAAUGUUGAAUUGUAAUAAAGUUUACGAAAAAAGCAAACAGAGAAUUCGACUGAGAGAAGUGGGAUAUUCUGGGCUGGGUUUGCUGGUAAAUGAUGUGCCUGUCAAUACAUUGCUUAUAAAAGGACUUCUCAAUCAGGUGCUUAGAGCUGAUUCGGUUAUAAACUACAGAGACCUGCUAGCAGUGGUACACAUGUGUUACAAGUCAUAUCUCACGGUACGAGUUGCCAUCUGCAGGAAGGUUCUUCAAAUACUUCAAUUCCACUCAGACGCAGCUUCACAAAUUGCUCAGCAAGUUGGCUGGCAGGAUACUUUUGUAUGUUUUUUUAUGAAGGAAAAUUCAGAAUUUAAGAAUAGUAAUAAAGUAAAUUGCCAAGACCCUGUUAAAGAAGAGGAUAAAAGUGCCAGGAGUGUGGAGUCACUAAGGAUUCAUUUAGGGAAAGCAGCUUUGGAAAAAUCAGAUAUUCCAAAUAAUGUUACAUUCAGCAGCUGGUGUUCUGAAGAGACCAGGUGCCUGAAUUCCAGCAUCCAGUCUACAAGUACACUCCUGGAUGAAGAUGAUCCAUCUUUUAGUGAAGCUCAGCUUCAAGUGGAGGACCCAGAAGUAUGGUCCAGUGACCACAGACUUCUAACAUUAGAACUGGCCAAUUUUGAAUUAGGAGAUGGUGAAAAUCAAACUCCAGGAAGCUUAACCAGUACACCUUCACCUGUAGAAUCUUCCAAGUCUUUUAACGUUGAUCGCCUUGAGAAAGAGUCUGUCUAUUCAAAUAAUAUGCUAUUUAGGGAUGAUCUUUCCCUCAGUGUGAAUUUAGAAAGCAAAGAGGAUUGUGAAGAGGAGCUUGUGCAGCUGCUUACAGACAUUCUUCUUUGCCUAAUGUGGAAAGGCCUGGACAAGUCUGAUAAUGCUACAUGGAUUGAAAGAGGACAAGUAUUCUCCGCACUAACCAGCCUUGAGAUGUCAAAUGAAUUACUGCGACCAGCAGAUGUAAUCAAACUGAACUUGCUGGAGAAAAUGCCAGAAUGGGCUGUGACUGAAAACAGAGAUCCCAAGACGCAGAUCAAUGCUGAAAAUGCAAACACAUUAUUGCACAUUGUACAAGAUUUUCUACAAGCUGAAGGCCGGGUCAAUUCUGCUUUGUGGACAGAAAAGCUAUUGGAGGAGAUAGUCACUCUCAUGGACAGCCUGUCAGUGUGGUACCCAGCUGGCCUUGAAUCUGAGACCCUUUCUCAAGUAGAGUUCCGACUUCUUCUUGGGUUUAUUGGUCAGGACAAUCUACAGGUAUGUGCCAUGGCUACUGCAAAACUGAAUACAUUGUUGCAAACAAAAGUGAUUGAAAAGCAAGAGGAGGCUUGUUUUCUGCUUGGGAAACUGGAAGGGAUCCUCAGCAAAUCUGUCCAGGAGAAAUCAGAAACCUACUCUUUCCUUGUUCCCAUUGUGAGGACUCUGGUUUCUAAAAUAUAUGAAUUGCUCUUCAUGAAUCUCCAUUUACCUUCUCUUCCAAUUACAAAUGGGAGCCCUUCCUUGUUUGAAGACUUCCAAGAAUAUUGCAAAUCUGAGGAAUGGAGGAUCUUUAUAGACAAAUUUAUUAUACCUUAUAUGAAGCAAUAUGAAGCUGACACAUUUAGCAAAAGUCAUGAACGGAUGGCUUUGUAUUGGAAGGACUGCCAUGAGGCACACAUGGUGAAUAGGCACAAGCGCGAGCGUGAGCGGGGUGAAAGCAAGCUAAAAUUUCAGGAAUUUUUUUUGGAGCCAUUUAAUCGGAAAACCCGUCAGGAGAACUUGCGUUACAAUAAUAUGCUGAAACAAAUCAACAGCCAGCACACGGCCACUUUAAGACAGUGGAAAGCAGCACAAAGAUACCUUGCCUGUGAACGUGGUCCUUGGGCAGACAGGAAAGAAAACUGGGACUACUGGAAGCUCUCCAAUGUAGAAAACUACUCACGUAUGAGGCUCAAGCUGGUACAGAGUAACAAUUUUGACCCCCAUUUAGAAGCUAGUAAUUUGCGUGAUAACUUGGGUGCCACACAUGCAGAACUAUCUAGUGAGUCACUACUGCUGGAAGCUGUGAAGCAGGUUAAAGUCAGUGACCUAGAAGAUGAUGGACUUGAGCUUUCUGAAGAAGACAGUACAGCCAUAAUAAAUGAAAAAGAAGAACAAAGUCAGAAGGAGAAAACAGUUCUAUCCGAAGACUGCGAGCUUAUCACUCUAAUGGAUGUUAUUUCUGGCCGUUUAGAAGUUACCACUCAGCAUAUUUAUUUCUAUGAUGGAAGCACUGAAAAAGAGGAAGGUGUGGGAUAUGAUUUCAAGUGGCUGCUUUCUCAGAUAAGGGAGAUACAUUUACGUCGGUACAACUUGAGGAGAUCUGCCUUGGAAAUAUUUCUAGUUGAUCAGACCAACUACUUUUUGAAUUUCAAAAAGGAGGUCAGAAAUAAAGUAUACAGCCGCAUUUUUUCUCUCCGCCUUCCAAAUUUGUAUGGAACUAGGUCCCCACAAGAGCUGUUGAAAUCAUCAGGCCUUACACAAAAAUGGGUUAAUAGAGAGAUUUCAAAUUUUGACUACCUCAUUCAGCUGAAUACAAUAGCUGGAAGAACAUACAAUGAUCUUGCACAGUAUCCAGUGUUUCCAUGGGUGCUUAAAGACUACACAUCAGAAGAGCUGGACCUGAACAACCCAGCUGUAUUUAGGGACCUAUCAAAGCCAAUUGGGGUAGUGAAUGAAAAGAACGCUGCUGCUGUGCGGGAAAAGUAUGAAAGCUUUGAAGAUCCUUCAGGAAAGAUUGACAAUUUCCACUAUGGUACACACUACUCCAAUGCUGCUGGCGUCAUGCACUAUCUCAUUCGUGUGGAACCCUUCACUACCCUACACAUCCAGCUUCAGAGUGGAAGGUUUGAUUGUGCAGAUCGUCAGUUUCAUUCCAUUCCAGCCACUUGGCAAGCUCUUAUGGAUAAUCCAAAUGAUGUGAAAGAACUGAUUCCAGAGUUCUUCUAUUUCCCAGAGUUCCUUGAAAACAAAAAUGGGUUUGACUUGGGAAAGUUGCAAAUUUCUAAAGAAAGAGUAAAUGAUGUUAUUCUUCCAAAAUGGGCCAAAAGUCCUGAAGAUUUUAUCAGGAAGCACAGGAAAGCCUUGGAGUCAGAAUAUGUUUCUGCCCAUCUUCAUGAAUGGAUAGAUCUGAUCUUUGGCUAUAAGCAGAGAGGACCUGCAGCUAUGGAGGCACUCAAUGUGUUCUACUACUGUAGCUAUGAAGGUGCCGUGGACCUAGAUGCAAUUGCAGAUGAAAAAGAAAGGAAAGCAAUUGAAGGAAUGAUUAACAAUUUUGGACAAACACCAUGUCAGCUGUUAAAGGAACCUCAUCCAGCUCGACUAUCUGCAGAGGAAGCUUUACUGAAACAGACCAAGCUAGACAAUGGAACGCUGAACUUGUUCCAAAACAUCACUGAGCUAAAGUCAUUUUUUAUAAAGGGUAUUAGUGAUGACAUUCCUGUGGUUAAAGCAAUUGUACCGAAGAGUCAGUUACGUUCCUUUAUAUCUCAGGGAAGCCCGGAAGCAUUGGUAACAAUAAAUCAGCACUUAGUAAUUGGAACCCAUGGAUGGCUACCAUAUGACAAGAACAUUUCUAAUUAUUUUACCUUUACCAAGGACCAAACUGUAUCUAAUCAAAAAGCUCAGAGGGUGGUGUCUGGUCCAUUCGCUCCUGGCCUUGAGACAACCUCAAAGCUCUUUGUGGUGUCCCACGAUGGGAAAGUGUUGUAUAGUGGUGGUCACUGGGAUAACAGCAUCCGAGUAACUUCGUUGGCCAAGGGCAAAGUUAUUGGACAACACAUCCGGCAUAUGGACAUUGUGACCUGCCUAGCCACAGAUUUCUGUUGUAUGAAUCUUAUGUCUGGCUCUCGGGACAGAACAUGCAUGAUCUGGCAAAUCUCACCACAGGGUGACCUUUCUGCUAAGCCUAUACAGAUCCUGUAUGGACACACAGAUGAAAUAACUAGUGUUGGCAUCAGCAUUGAGCUGGACAUGGCUGUUUCUGGAUCCAGAGAUGGGACAGUAAUUAUUCACACACUCCGAAGAGGCCAGUAUAUGAGGACUCUUAAGCCCCCAAGUGAUAGUUCACUUGUCAUGACUAUUCCUAACUUGGCAGUCUCCUGGGAUGGACAUGUUGUCAUUCAUAGCAGUCUGGAAGGGAAAGGAACCCUGAAGAACAAGAAUGCCUUACAUCUCUACAGUGUUAAUGGAAAAUAUUUGGGCUCUGAGGGACUAAAGGAGCAAAUACUGGACAUGUGUGUCAGCGGAGAAUACAUUGUUAUUGGGAGCCGUCAGGGACAUCUUUCUAUACGUGAUCUAUACAGUUUGAGUCUCAGUAUUUCGCCUUUGAGCAUGCGCGUUCCAAUUCAUUGUGUAUCUGUGACAAAAGAGAACAGUCACAUCCUGGUGGGGCUUGAAGAUGGCAAACUCAUCAUUGUUGGUGUUGGCAAACCAGCAGAGGCAAAAUCAGGUCAAAUCUCCAGGAAGCUUUUUGGAUCAAGCAGGAGACUCAGCCAAAUCUCAGCUGGAGAGACUGAAUAUAAUACACAGGAUACCUAAUCUAUGUACAUGGCCGUGUGGGACUGUUCAGAAAAAGGAGCACACAAUCUAAAGUUUUGUCGUAAUGUGCAAAGAUAACUGUCAAUGAAGGCUACACACUACAAUUGUGGUGGAAUCUGAGAGGAUAUACACACAAGUGCAUUUUUCUUUGCCUCAUUUUGCUGCUCAACUGUUUUGCUGCCAGUGGUUGGCUCCCAUCUAGCAGCAGAAAGAUUACUUAUGUAUAACCUCUAGAUAUUGUCCUAUAAGUAUACUCUCUUUUGAUUGCACUACUUUUUUGUCCUUUUUUAUGUCUGCAAUUUAUGAUCAGCAUUUUAUUAUAUUAUAAUGUCUUAGCACUACUGGGGAAUAUCACCAUAUCCCUCUUUUUGGUAAACCAAACAUUUAACUUUUAUCUUUUAUGACUUGUUCAAGAUAUUGUUCAUUCAUAGUGGAACAUUUUCAAGCAGUUUUAGUCUUUUGUAACUGGAUAGUAAAGUGAUAAAUGAAGCCUAUUUUGUAUAUCUAAUGUGAUAAUAUGUUUAUAAUGAAUGUUUAAGAUGUUGUAAAUAGCUCAUUUUUGAGUUCUCACUUUUGAAUUAACGACCUGAUUUAUCUUUUUUUCCACUGUUGUAGUAUAUUUUACAUUCGUGCCUACUAAGUAUUCUCAUUCUUCUGCCUAGCAAAAACUAUUUAUCUAAAGAAGAUGGUUGCUUCUUUAGGAUGAAGGACUAGUAACUGCAUCUAUAUUAUGUUAUGUUAUAUUGCACACGGCACAGUGCUUAAAACAGGACGGGAUGAGGACUCUGACAGUGCCUUUUUGUUUGAAGGGUCCCCUGAAAGUAAUCUGAUCACAUGGUAUUCUGCUGGGAUCCCCAGCAAGCCAUUGAAUUCUGUGAGGGAACCCAGCAGCAAGUGUUCUGUUUCCUUGUUACACCACCAAAGGGUAAAUUAAACAUCCCUCAGUUCCUGUAGAAAUUAAUUGACAGUUUAAUAAAACGCAUGGACACAUUGGUCCCACCAGAUUACUAACUUAGCAUUUCCUAACAGUUUUUUUUUGUUUUUUUUAUUUAUGGGUUUUCUAAACAAAGACACUGGGGAAAUCUAUCAAUAGUGUUUUUUUUCUAGGUUUCGGUGAAGGUGAAAAAAACUUUGUGCAGUUGUUUUUGAGGAAGAAUUGCACAAUGCUCUUACAGUGUAGUGCACAGUUUUUACACCCAUUUUUGGUGAAAACAUUGAUAAAUUCCCUAUUCCAUGCGAAGAGGAGUAAUAACGGAGCACUCACCCCAACUGUGAUGCAAGCAGGUACUUCUUUAUUUCGGGACAUUCAGGUUGACAAGGACAUCAAAAAGCAGGGAAGGCAGACAAGAUCUAGUGCGGGGGAUUAGCAGUCACACGGGGCGAUGGUCCGUAUCGCGCGGUUUAGUGUGUGUUGUGGACAUUUUUUAUUGAGGCACCUGUAUGGAUAUAUCAAGUGGUUGUGCCAGGAUUUUUUCUUCUUUUCUGAAAGUGGUCUAUCGAUAAAUUCCCCACAAUGAAUUUAACCUCAGUAUACAGACAACACUAUUAUGAUUGACACACGUAGUUAAACAUUGUUGAAUCAUAGAUCUAAAGGUUUUGGUAACUUUAGAGCAAUGUUUUUGUGACACAAUAGGAGAUGUACAAAACAGCAAUAACUCUUAGGUUUCUACCUCUGUUGAUAAGGCAAAUCUAGCUCUGGUGUUUAAAUGAACAGUGCAAAAUUGCCAUAAGGAAACGGUGUGUGUGUGUAUAUAUAUAUAUAUAUAUAUAUAUAUAUAUAUAUAUAUAUAUAUCUAUAUGUGUGUAUAUAUAAAAGUAAUGAGUAAUGCUGCUUAAGGUGUAGCAUUGGACAAAUCCCACAGGUACAGAAACCCUACAAACUGCUGAUACUGUUACUAUUUGAUAUGGUGUUAUCAAGUGAACUGAAAAACAUUCAUCCUUUAAGUUCUUCUAAUGUAAGAACACGUGUGUAAUCCUAUACAAUGUUCUGAUUAUUGUAUUUAUUAUUUGUAUUUAUUUGCUGCAUUAUACUGUACAUUGUGUUAUUCUGUAAUAUUGCAACAAUUCUCCUAAAUACUGUUUGUUUAUUGCUUUUAUUACACAGGCUACUCAGGCAGAUGUCUGGCUCUGAUCACAAUACAAUUUGUACUGACUUUAAUAACCAAAAAAGAAAGCAACAAAAAAGCAUAAAAAAAGCUAAAUUAAUAUUUUUCUACAAUUGUAGCCAGUUACAGAAAAACUGUGAACAGAGCAUUUACUGUUACCUGGAGUCUGUGUACAGCAGUGGUCUGCAAACUGUAGACCCCCAGAUGUUGCAAAACUACAAUUCCCAGCAUGCCGUUGGCUGUCCGGGCAUGUGCGAGUUGUAGUUUUGCAACAUCUAGAGGUCAACAGUUUGGAGACCACUGGUGAACGGCUUCCCAAACUGAUACUGAUUAGAACACAUGAAGGCCAGUCCUAAUACAGCCAAAAGCAAUGCUUUAUAUUGCUAUUAUCUGUAUCCAAUUGCAUUUUGUUAAAUGUUUGUGUAUUUGUUUAUAGGUUCUACCAGAGAUACUGUUCCAGGGUCCAAAUGUGUUAAAAUGGCUUUUCCAGGACUAUUUGAUUGAUGUCCUAUCCAUAGGAUAAGCGAUUAUUCGUUAAUCAGUGGUGUGACAACCACCCGUCACCCCUGCCAGCUGUUCAGCAUUAUACAGUGAAUGGGGUUAGAAGCCCUGUGCCGUUAAUUGUAUAGUGGUGGCAUAUGGUAACUGCAGCUCAGCUCCCAUUAAAGUGAAUGGAAACUCUGCUGUAGGUACCCGGCACCACCACCAAAUGAACGGCGCAGGGCUUCCAGCCCUGUUUACCUGUAGUGCCGGCUGCCGAACAGCUGGUUAUCAGGAGGUGCAGGUAGGUACGCCUCUGAUCAGCAAAUCAUGGAAUAUCCUGUUGAUAGACCAUUAAUCAUAUAGUCCUGGGAACUUCCUUUACUUUAUAAUCCAAUCUUUGUAAAUAGUUGCAGCAAAUCUGGGUUUCUGAUACAUAACAUUAAUAAUGGUCCCAUUACUUGUGACUUUGCUUCAUGUAGAAGUGUUCAUUGUUUAGAUUAUUUUAGUGGAUUUACUCUAUUUUUCUAGAUUUUUGGUUAACUUAUUGUAGUUACAUACAUUCUAUAUAGACAUUACCAUAGAGUACAUGUUUAAAAGUGAAAAUAAUGGCAGGUUUGUAGCAGAAAUUUCUGCAACUGAAAAUCUCUUUCAUUCAUCUAAAUAGAGAUGUCAUAGAGCAAAUCUUCCUUAUGUCAAUUUGCUCUAAGGAUUACUGUUUUUAUUUUGUGCUUGUCUGGUGUGUUACACAGCACGCGGGGUAAUGUUUUAUGUUUUACUAAAAAUUGCUAAACACUUAAAGGGGUACUCCGGUGCUUACACAUCUUAUCUUACCAAAGGUUAGGGGAUAAGAUGCCUGAUCACCUGACCGCACAGCCGGCGGCAUGUGACGUCACGCUUCGCCCCUCAAUGCAAGCUUACAGGUGGGGGCGUGAUAGCUAUCACGCCCCCUCCCGUAGGCUUGCAUUGAGGGGCGGAGCAUGAUGUCACACGGGGGCAGAGGCGUGACAUCACACGCCGCUGGCCCUGCGGUCGCCGGUAAUCAGACCCGGAGCAAACACGCUCCGGGGACUGAUUACAAACGUGGUGCCGCGUGCAUGAUCCCGGACGUCCCCAGCUGCGGGACUCCCGCGAUCAGGCAUCUUAUCCCCUAUCCUUUGGAUAGGGGAUAAGAUGUCUAAGCACCGGAGUACCCCUUUAAGGUCUCACAGAAAAACACUAAACGCUUCAGUCAUAGAAUGUAAAAAGACCUUGCCCACCAAAUAUUUAGCUCAGUGUGCUAUUUGUAUUUUUAGGCUGUUUGAGAUUAGUGUACUGAUAAUUCCUGAUAUAUGUAUAUUAUAUUGCUAAUUUUGUAAAUAGAAAUAUACAGCCUUGUUUUACGUGAUGCUUGCUAUCCUACAUUUCAUAUGUACUGAAGGUGAUCUUUUUCUUAGGGUAUGUUCACAGACCAAAAAAAAUACAGCUAUAUUUCAUUUACAGUGGAAUUUUCAGCAAAUUGCAGUAAAAAAGAUUUUGCCGUAGUUUAACAAUGAAAAUACUGCUGUAAAUAAAGUAUGGCCUGACUUCUUUUUAUGAGAACAUCCUCUCACAUGUAGUGUCAUUUUUGUUUGUCCUGAAAUUAUUAUAUGGCACCACUAUAUAUUUGUAGAUCUAAAUAUAGUCAAACAAUCAUGUCUUCCAGGGAUUUUUCCCAAAGUUUAAUGGUUUGGCUCAUUAUGAGGGUAUAUUCACGCAGGCAGAUGUUUUGCAGGUUUUCCGCAGAAGAAUUUCUGCAGUGGAAAAUAUGCAGCAGAUUACUUCAAUGGGAUCUGCUCCCAAAAAUCCGCUGCCACUAAAACCCACAUGGGACGAUCUUUUUCGAGAUUCCUACUACAAGCAUAUAAUAAACACAUUUUUAUUUAAUUUAUUAACACCAUGUCCAACAGGUAUCGUACCCUUGUGUUUUAUGCCCAAUGUCAGAUUAGGUGGAGGGGAAAUGUAUGUUAUUUGGAAAACAUUCUCUCAAAAGAUCAUGAUAUGAUACCCAGCUCUACUGCAUAACUAAACAGCAGUAUUACGACACUAUUUUAUUCCAUGGUUGAUUUUUAACUUUUUUUUGUGCCUUUCUAUAUAAUCUCUUACAAUGUCAAGCCAGAUCAUAGGCCUUCCGCUUUUUUCCAUUAGUGACUUAAAAAUGUGAUUUACCUUUUAAAAACAAAAGAAAGUGAUAUUUGUCACUGGAGUAAAGAUAAUCUAGUAAGCAGAAAUCUCUUUUAAUUUUAUAGAACUUUAAAUAAAGUCUAAUAUUACAGCUUCAUUCACUCCACAUAAAUAUUUCUCAGGAUUUUAUGCUGACAAGUCCUUCUUGUUUUACAUAUCUGCCUUUUUUUUAUAAUAUAAUUUUUUUUUCUUGCUUUUACUGAUCCUUAGUGCAAUAUUGUUUAUGUUGAAUACAGUUGUCUUCUACAAAAUGAGCUUUUUUGUGACCUGAUUUAAAUCUACUCUCUCAAUACUGACCAUGUGCAAACCAAUGAACUGCAUAAAUACAUAAUGGCGCUGAAAUGACGGUUGUGUGUAUAUUUGCUUAAUUUUAUGUACAGGGUGGUUGUGGGUGUUUUUAAAAUGUUUUGCACUUUUCUAGAAACUUCAGAUUUGUAAAUUGUAACAGUUUAAUAUUUUGUACAGAAUAUAUUUGAAUUGAUUAUUGUAAAUAUGAUACCUUGGGAGCAAACAGAAUAAACCUUUGAAUUCC